AUGGGCAGCUUCUUAUCCACACCACGGUCCGUACCCAGUUUCUCUAUCUCACGUUGCUCACGCCAACAGUCUUCCAACCCUCGUGUUACCGCUAGUCAGUUUCCCACAGGACAAGCUUCGUGUGCGAGCGGAAUGUGUCCACAUGGUGCCCUUAAAAUCCCAUGCUCUGUACAAUGUUCCUCGCUCUCCCUCCCGGCCUGUACUCUGCCACCAAUUUCGCGACUCUCCUCUCUUCGCUCGUCCCUUCGUUCCUCUUCUCCAUAUGGCGCUUGUCCUGCUUGUUCAACACGGCUCACCUCUCCGGGGUGGUGCUCUCCUUGUGAAUGUCUCUCCUUUACAAAUUCAUUUCCCCUCUGGCACACCGGGUCAGCGCUGAUAACACGCUUAAUUCGUCAGAUUCAGCUUUCUGCAACUGGAUGGGACGAUUACGUUGAUUGGAUACCAUGGGACUGUAUACAACACGUGAAGUUUUACUCUGAAGGCGUUUAUGGAAGAUUAUACAAGGGUUAUAUAACAAAAGAGCAUGAAACGAGAUGGAUCAAAUGGAGAUUUGAAAACGAGAUUGUUGAAGUCACGAUCGUUGAUGGUGGCUGGAAGAUUGACAGUGAUAAUGAAACAACUGGAAUUGGGAUAGGCACAGACACGGUAGAGUAUGUCGGACAGCCAAUAAAUGAAUGGAUUAAUGAAGAUAGGGGUACAGGUGUUUUAACCAGACCUCAAAAUGCGUAUAGGGAAAAAUCCAGUCUCUCAGACGAUGAUUUUAUGUACGAUUCAGACAUUGUUGAAAAAUCCAGAACUAUGUUUUUUGAAGUAGAACACAAUGAUCAAAGCUCGAUAGAUGAAUCUCUAGAUGAAUAUAUCGACCAGGCCGACGAGAGCGAGGAUGAUGGGGAGAUCCGCCCCUACCUACAUUGUACAGGUUAUGAUGGUCUGUUGACCGUAUUUGGCGUCACCCGAGAUCCCGUAACAAAACGCUAUCUUCUCGUUCUUGAAACCGCCUACCUAUCCCUAAGAACUUGUCUCUAUGCCCCGAACGAUGAGGAGAUUAAAAAGUUUCGAAGGCGCUUAAGAGGGCGGGGAAAGAAGGGAUGGACACGAUGUAGAUGA